CACCUGUUGUUGCCCGGACUUCGUCUUCGAAAGAUUACAAUUUCCGGUGGAACAGUCGGUCAAAUCAUAGUCUUCCGUAGUGCGGCUGUAAUAUGACACACUCACCGAACGGGGCUGGGCUUCGGUUGGCUUUUUAAAAGAAGACAAGUCCAACCCUGCACGUCCUAAACCAGGUUGACGGCUGCAUUGCACACUCGGGUGGGGCUUUUUUCCCCCCCCCACACUCUCCAUUUCCACUCCCCAGCUGCACACUGUCUUUGCGCAAAGGCGAUACAGCUAAUCACACCGUUCUUCUUCCUCCUCUCCGUCAACUCCAAGUGGGACCGAGCAUGUUUCGCUGCGGGAUCGCCUACCCACGCUGCAGGUGGAUCGUGCCCCUGCUGCUGCUCUUCGCCAUUAUUUUCGACAUCAUCGCCAUCGCCGCAACGUCGGGCUGGCUGACAGACGAGGAGGGCAAGUCGCACUACGCCAGCAUGUGGGAGCAAUGCCACGGCCGCAACGACGAGUGGGACUGCAAAUCUCUCAUGGAGUUCUCGUGGGCGCAAGCGGUGGCUGCCUUGAUGAUCAUCGGCCUCCUCAUCCUCAUCGGUGCCUUCAUCAUCUCCUGUGUGGCUCUGUGCUGCACGCUCAACGUCACGCUGCUGCCCAUCAUUGGGGUGAUGCUCAUUAUUGUUGUGGUCCUCCAGGUCAUCGCUCUCAUCAUCUACCCAGUCAAGUUCAACCAGCAGCUCUUCGAGGGCAACUAUUACUACACCUGGGCUUACGGCUUCGGCUGGGGCGCCACCAUCCUGUGCAUCGGCUGCGCCAUCCUCUUCUGCUGCCUGCCGCGUUACGAGGACGAGCUGACCGGCCUGGCCAAGACCAAGUACCUUUACACGUCCGCCUAAAGACUCAACCCGCGCCUGCUUCACCGCCACCGACCACCACAUGAACAUUUUCACACCCUUAUCGUCUCCCCAAAGAUCCGAUGAUGGAGGCCAUUUUUGAUGUUGAGACCUCCUUGUACAUUAAAAAUCUUAUUUUUCCAUUUUAUUGAGCAGAAUCGCAAGACCACCAAAAGUGCACUUAGCCUAAACUUCUUCAUGUCAGCGAGUUGCUUUGUCCUAGCGGACCGUGUAAAGCCUCCGUGGUGAAAGAGAAGUUCAAUCCCGCUGCACAGGAUGCACAUUGAAUGGCGUGUAUUGUUUGAAAUUUCCUGGUGUGUGUGUGAUGAAAUGUCGCUUAAAUGUCAUCUUUGUGAUGCUUCUGUUGGCUUACUUUCUUAUCAGAAGGGUGAAAGAUAACUUUGGGACCUGUGUGGUGGUUUUUUAAAAAUAUAUAUUCUAAAUAUAAUUGCUGCGCUUUCACUCACAGCUUCCAUCACUCGAGUUAUCUCUAACGCAUUUACCGUUUUAAAGGGAUCAAUUUCAACCUAAAUGUGUCGUUUUUUUAUCGAAUUAGUGUGUGUAUUUCAAUGAUAGUUGGCAAAAGAGGGAACCAAGCAUGCUUUUUUUUACCCCCAACUCAAAACUCUACCAUAAACAUCUGAUGUGCCUUCUCUUCUACUUCAGUGUUACUCAUAGUUUUGCUAUAUGUCAAAUACUGUAAAACCUCCUGGUUUGAUUUAUUUUGUGGUGUGCAGAAAAAAAAACAUAUUUUCUGUAACUUGUGUACAAAAAAAUAACUUUAAGGAUUACUGUGUGACGUAUUAGGCUAUUAAAAAAGAUUCUAUUUUAUUAUUAGGGAUGGAUUUUGCCGUCAUGCUUAGUGACUGUGGGUGUUUAGGUUAUUAUUAACAUUUUCCUGCUGUAGCGUGAACUGAUUAAUUGUUUUGUAGUUUGUAUUUUGAUGCAAUAAAGAGGUUCCUUUUGGAUGAA